AAAUAAUUUGAGCUGAUAGAGAAAUGGCAGCCGCUGAUCAUUUCAGUAGUCUUCCAGGAGAAGAAGUGGGUGGGGCCAGAGGGCAGAUGAUUUACACAGGAAAUAACGGUAUAGGAAACUACCGAUCCCACGUGGUCACGGACUACGAGUGUAUAGGGGAGACAAUUGGUAAUCCAAGCAGCACUACCAGCAUGAAGUUCUUAUCUAGGGAGCCUGAGGGUUCCAAGUAUCCUCCCCGGAGGAAAGCUUACGUGGGGGAAGUGGGUUGGAUGGUGGAGGAUAAGUUCCACAACUCGGUUAACGACAAAGUCCUCAAAUCCGGUAAUCAGAUCCAGCUCAAAGUUUACAGACAGUCUCUUGAAGACAACGCUACUAACAGAGCUAUUCACACUAUACCAGUACCAGAUUACGGUGAUAGAGGUGUGUCAGGAUAUGCUCCAGGUAUGCCGCUAAACGAAUCACUUGGUUACACGGACGGGACCAGGCAAUACCCAAUGAGAGUGGACACCUCAACAAGCACCCUCGAUACUGAUAAAUAGGUGUAAGUGGACGAGGAUCAUUAAACUGGUCGGAAAAUGAGAGGAGUUCGGCAAUUAGUGGUCAUUGGACAAACGAUGACUCAAAAUUUGUUAAUAGUUUAUUUUUAAUGGCAUUUGUUUUGAGCCCGAGAUAAUAAUUUGUUAUUUAUGGUAAUUUAAAAUUUAGUUUUACUCUUAAGUUAAUCAGGCAUGCUCAGGUGUAAUUUGAAAAUACAAUCACGCUAUUUUAUAGUAUUUCGCUUGA